CAAAUACAACUAAAAUCACUGGUAUUUCAAUAGUAUAUUAUUAUUCAGUAGUAGUAGUGCUAAACGUUUGCCAUAUUUUUUGUUGUUUUAAUAGCCAUUGUUUUUGUCAAACAAUCAAUCAAUCAAUCAAUCAAUAGGUUAUCCAACAACAAAAAAACCUAACCAUCCAUACAAUUAGUGUUAUAUAUCAUACUAUACUAUCGUGUCGUCGUCCACAACAACAAUGUCAUCGGCAGUACCGCAGUCCGGGUCACAACAACAACAACAAAAUGCUUCAUCAAAGAGACUACAGCAGACACAGGCACAGGUAGAUGAAGUGGUGGGUAUAAUGCGAACCAAUGUUGAAAAAGUAUUGGAAAGGGAUAACAAAUUGUCUGAAUUGGACGAUAGGGCCGAUGCCCUACAGCACGGGGCCUCACAGUUUGAACAACAGGCCGGCAAACUUAAGCGCAAGUUUUGGUGGAAAAAUCUUAAGAUGAUAUUGAUAUUAGUGGCCAUAGCCAUCGUUAUAUUGAUAAUUAUUAUUGUUUGGGCCAUUUAUGGUUAAAUAUUAUGGUUUUUUUGUUUUGUGUUUCAAAAGUAUUCAAAUAAUAUUUAAAUCACAAACAAAUAAAAAAGUGAUUAUAA